AUGUCGGGUCCCGUCCCCCAGACCACGGCGCUGCAGGAUGUCUACACGGCGGAGUCCCUUGGCGAGCAGGGCGUCCGCUGGAAUACGCUCCUCGAAAAGUUCCAGGAGACGUAUGGCACGUCAGCAGAGUUCGUCGCGCGGUCUCCAGGCAGAGUCAACAUCAUCGGCGAGCACAUCGACUACUCGCUGUACCCGUGCCUGCCCAUGGCCAUCUAUCCGGAUGUGAUCGUCGCCGUGUCCUCGACCGCCGCCUCGGACGAGCCCGCCAGCACCACGGGCACUUAUAAGCUGCAGAUUGCCAACGUCGCCUCGGACCGGUUCCCGACCCGCGAGUUCGACGUGCCCUACGGCGACGUUGAGAUCGAUGCCACCAAGCACGAGUGGACAAACUACUUCAAGGCCGGCCUGCGCGGCGCCCUGGAGCUGCUGCGCAAGAAGCACGGCCAGGACUUCAAGCCGCGCAGCAUGAAGGUGCUCAUGGACGGCACGGUCCCCGCGGGCGGCGGCCUCAGCUCCAGCGCAGCAUUCGUCAGUGCCGCGGCGCUGGCCGUCAUGUUCGCCAACGGCGAGCGGGACAUUGACAAGAAGGCGCUGACCGAGGUCGCCAUUGUCAGCGAGCGCGCCGUUGGUGUCAACUCGGGAGGCAUGGACCAGUCCGCCUCCGUCUUUUCCGAGAUGGGCUCGGCGCUGCUCGUCUCGUUCAGCCCCUCGCUGUCCGCGCGCCCCGUCUUCUUCCCCAAGACGAACCCGGAGCUGUGCUUCCUCAUCGCGCAGUCCUUUGUCACGUCCAACAAGCAGGUCACGGGCCCGAUCCACUACAACCUGCGCGUCGUCGAGGUCAGCAUGGCGGCGGCGGUGCUCAACGCCAAGUUCUGCCCGGGCACCGAGCUGCCCAAGGACGCCGGCCCGCUCGGCGUCUCCCUCCGCGGCUUCCACGACAACUACUUCAACGCCCAGCAGAAGGACGGCGGCGGCAAUGCCAAGCCCCUCCCCGAGCAGCUCGCGGAGCUCAUCGAGAUGACCAAGUCGGCGCUGGACAAGGAGGAGGGCUACACGGUCGCCGACGUGGCCGCCCUGACGGGUACCACCGUCGAGGACGUCAAGGCGCGCUUCCUCUCGAGCUUCCCCGUGCGCGGCGAGUUCUUCAAGCUGCGCCAGCGCGCGCUGCACGUCUUCACCGAGGCCCUCCGUACGCAGCAGUUCCUCGCGCUGCUCGAGGACACGACCCAGCACCCUCCCGCCGCCGCACCCAGCGGGGGCACCGACGACUCAGUCGCGUACAACCAGCGGCUCGGCAGCCUGAUGAACCAGACGCAGGACUCGUGCCGGGACGUCUACGAGUGCAGCUGCCCCGAGAUCGACCAGAUCUGCGGCAUCAUUCGCGGCGCGGGCGGCUACGGCAGCCGCCUGACCGGCGCGGGCUGGGGAGGGUGCAGCGUGCACCUGGUCCCCGCGGACAAGGUCGAAGAUAUCAAGAAGGCGCUCGUCGAGCAGUACUACUCCAAGCGGACCGUGAGCGACAAGGACAUGGAGGGCGCGAUCGUCGUGAGCCGGCCCAUGAGCGGGAGUGCGGUCGUCACGCUGGAUGGCGGUCGGUUCUGA